GGAUCCUGGGCUGGACAGGAAACGACGGAGCCGCGCAGCGUGUCUCCUCAGCAGCGAAGGGAAGAAUGGGAACAGGGCUGUGGACCGAACAUGCAGAAGAGGCUGGCUGUGAAAACAUGAGGACAACGGGACGAUUUUAGCCGACAUCCCACUCAAGAAAACAAAUAAUUCCACCUUUAAAUAUCGGGAGUUUUUCCUUCUGUUUCCCCCCUCUGAGGAUAUCUGCUCCCACUGGAGACCACCUUAGAAGAGAGGACCCUCUUUGUGAAUUCACUAGGGAUAAAAGCCCAGCGACGGAGCGGACCGGUGGUUUGGUCUGACCUUUAACCUCACUCGGAAGACGUCACAGCCACUUCAGAGAUGGAGCAGGUGUCAGACGACGAGCUGGACCAUGGAGCAGAGGAGGACAGUGACAAGGAGGACCAGGACUUGGACAAGAUGUUUGGAGCCUGGCUGGGAGAGCUGGACAAACUCACACAGAGUCUGGAUGACGGCAGGCCGCAGAAAACGCUGCAGAAGCCUCCUCUCAGGCAAGAGACCAACAUGGCCAACUUCUCCUACCGCUUCUCCAUGUACAACAUAAACGAGGCGCUGAACCAGGGGGACACAGUAGAUCUGGAUGCCCUGAUGGCCGACCUGUGCUCCAUCGAGCAGGAGCUCAACACCAUUUCCAAACCAAACUCAACUUCUCGGAGCCAGAACAAAGGCCAUCAGCGAGCCGCUGGAGGGCGCAGUGCCAGCACCAAGCACACCGGCACCAGUGGAGGGGGCAGCAGUGGAGGAAGCACCAGUAGCAGCACCCGGGCGUCACCGGCCAACACAGUACGAGGCGGCAGCGUCAACGCCCGCCCCGCCGCCUCCAACAUCUCCCUGGACGACAUCACCUCCCAGCUGGAGAAGGCUUCUCUCAGCAUGGACGAAGCCGCACGCCAGACGUCCUCCUCUUCCUCCUCGUCCUCGUCGUCGUUCUCCUCCACCACGCUCCGGCGGCCCUCGUCCGGGUCGUCCGGCGGCGGGCAGCACCGGAGGACGGGUUCGGUGGGAGCGGUGAGCGAGCAGGAAGCUCCGUCCCAGCGGUCCAGCGUAAAUUCAGCGUGUGCGUCAGCUUCCAGCAUGGACUCCCUGGACACUGAUAAAGUGCUGACGGGGGGAGAGGUGGAGGGCCAGAGCAGCCCGAGUGCUCAAGGACAAAACCAGACCAGCACCGAGCAUGUCACACUGAGACGGGCCAACGGUAAGCCGGCCAGACGGCAGCUUGACUUCACCUCACGAGACGGUGAAGUGGAUCGGGCCACUCACUCCUAUCUGGACCGAGAAACCUCGCUCAUUCUGAAAAGCAUAGCUGGAAAGCCUUCUCACCUCCUGACCAAGGAGGAGCAAGCCGCCAAGCUGAAGGCAGAGAAGAUCAGAGUCGCCCUGGAGAAGAUCAAGGAGGCGCAGGUCAAAAAGCUGGUGAUCAGGGUCCACAUGUCAGACGAGAGCUCCAAGACCAUGAUGGUGGACGAGCGGCAGACGGUCAGGCAGGUUCUGGACAGCCUGCUGGAUAAGUCUCACUGUGGCUACAGCCCUGACUGGUCUCUGGUGGAAACCAUCACUGAGCUUCAGAUGGAGCGUAUAUUUGAGGAUCACGAGAACUUGGUGGAGAACCUCCUGAACUGGACCCGUGACAGCCACAACAAGCUCAUGUUCAUCGAGCGCAUCGAGAAAUACGCCCUUUUCAAGAACCCUCAGAACUAUUUGCUGGGGCGGAAGGAGACGUCGGAAAUGGCUGACAGGAAUAAAGAGGCUUUAUUAGAGGAAUGUUUCUGCGGAGGCUCGGUGUCCGUGCCGGAGAUCGAAGGUGUCCUGUGGCUCAAAGAGGACGGGAAGAAGUCAUGGAAGAAGCGUUACUUCCUCCUCCGGGCUUCGGGGAUUUAUUAUGUCCCCAAAGGCAAAGCCAAGGCAUCCAGAGAUCUUGUCUGCUUCCUGCAGCUGGACCAUGUUAACGUGUAUUACGGCCAGGACUACCGCAGCAAAUACAAAGCUCCCACCGACUACUGCCUGGCUCUGAAGCAUCCACAAAUCCAGAAGAAGUCCCAGUACAUCAAGUAUCUGUGCUGCGAUGACGUCCGGACUCUGCACCAGUGGGUGAACGGAAUCCGCAUCGCCAAGUACGGAAAGCAGCUGUAUGUGAACUACCAGGAAGCCAUGAAGAGGACAGAGGCGGCCUACGACUGGUCGUCUCUCUCUACCUCCAGCAUCAGAUCUGGCUCCAGCUCUGCCAGCAUACCCGAGUCCCAGUCGAACCAUUCGGGUCAUUCAGACAGUGGGGUGGACACCGGCUCCUCUCAUGGCCGGUCCCAGAGUGUGGUGAGCUCCAUUUUCUCUGAAGCCUGGAAGAGAGGAACGCAGAUCGAGGAAAACACCAAGCAUAUGAGAAUGGAGGCGUCCAGAGGAGCUACGCUGCCUCACGGCUCCCACAGCCACCGCCAUCACAGCCAGCAUUCAGCCGACCACCCGGCCCUGACGCCUCCUCCUCCACAGGUGCAGCAGCAGCACGCACCACCUCCUCAACACCCACCACCUCCUCAACACCCACCACCUCCUCAACACCCAGCGGUGCAACCCCAAACCCCAACUCCACCACCCCAGACUCCAACCCCACCACAGCAGCAGCACCUGCCCCCCCAGCCUCAGUCCCCUCAGCAGGCAUUCCUCCCACCGCCACCUCCUCAGGGGCCUCCUCAGCCUCCUCAGUCCCCUCAGCAGCAGCAGCCGCCGCCCAUCAGCAGCUACAACCACAUGCCCCCACCUCAACAGCAGCCUCCAGCUCCCACACCCCCUCCUCCACCGCCACCGCCGCCGCCUCCCCCUCCUCCGCCUCCUCCAGUCCAAAUGGUGUCCCACCACUCUCCGGCCCCCACCAUGUACAAGUUCAGCACCAUCACCAGGCUGCAGAACCAGAAGGCCUUCCCAGGAGCCAACCACAAGCUGCCCGGUCACCUGCACGUCAUAGGUCAGCAAGUUCUGCCCCCGGGUCCGGCUCCGGCCCCAGCGCCGGUCGUCAAACCCAACGUCAAUCACAUCGCUGCAAGGACUAACGUCCCGCCUCCUCCUCCUCCUCCCCCUCCUCCAUCCAUGCCGACCCCCGGCUCAGCGAUGGCCGUGUUGAGGCUUGGUCCUCCCAGCCCGGCUGCCCCGCCUGCCUUCAUCCCUCCACCCCCGGCUCCUCCACCUGCUCCACAGACCAACGGAGUAGCUUUUCCUCCCCCUCCUCCGCCCCCACCACCUCCCCCUGCUCCGGCCCCCAUGAGUCACCAGGUCUGCUCCAAUGGGCUGAAGCAGGCGCUAAAGGAGCGUUUCCCCAGCCCCCCCAGAGACCUCCUGUCUCCAAACGGAGGCCUGGAGGAUUCCCCACCGCCUGCCCCGGCUCCACCACCCCCUCCUCCUCCACCGCCACCCCCACCACCACCUCCUCCUCCGCCCCAGCAGUUCCCAAUCCCAGCCCAGUUCCCACCUCCUCCUGCACCACCACCAGCACCUCCCAAAACCUUCACCCCAGGGUUUGUCCCUCACGCUGCCUCCAAGCCCAUGUCACCAGUUUCUCCUUUCCCUCCCGCGCCUCCUCCUGCUGUUCUAGCCGGCCCGACACCACCACCACCACCCCCUCCUCCACCUGCAACCCUCAAGAAGCAGUUCAGCCUCCAGGCAGGAGGCUACACCUCCAGUCACCCUCCUCCAACUCUGCCCAAGCAGCACAGCCUGUCUAAGCCAGCGUCUGCUUCCACAGGACCUCCUCAGACCAUGUCUUUGGUCAAACAACUAGCAAGCCAGUUUCCUGGAGCUUCAUCCCAAGCAGCCAACCACACAGAGAGCCCCAAAGCCCCCCUGUCCCCCCCUGCAGUUAAAACCAAACCAAAAUGGCAGCCUGGAGGCGGCCAGCAGCUGCAGUCACCAGAGUUCCCUCCUCCUCCUCCAGAUAACAACACCGGCUUCCCUGCACCGCCACCUCCUCCUCCUCCUCCACCUCCUCCUCCUGCACCUGUCACAGGCCCAACACCACCUCCUCCUCCCCUCCCUCCUGGAAAUCUGGGCUCCCCCUUAAGGAAGUCACCCUCUGGCUCCUCCGGUUUUGGAGGGAAGAAGCCUCCUCCCACCCCGCAGAGGAACUCCAGCAUGAAGUCCAACUCCUCAGACUCCUACGAGGAAUCCAGGAGAAACUUGCUCAGAAAAUUUGCUCCCCAGGGCCACAGCCCCACUUCCUCCUCAUGUCCCACCUCCUCCUCCAGUGGAUCCCCUUCCAAGGACUCCUCAAACGGACCUCCUGCUCCUCCGAAACCAGGCAAGCUCAACCUGGCUAACCUCCCCUUGGCACUGCAGGCCAAAGUGGGCCAGACCAAACAGACCGGCGGCGACUUUCCUUCCCCACCACCUGAGUGCGCCUACUUCCCACCUCCUCCUCCGGCAUCUGACCUCUUCCCCCCUCCACCACCUCCAGGCAGUGACGCCCACAGCGGUGGACCCCCCAGGGUGGCGGUGGUCAACCCCCAGCCCCAGGCUCCCCCUCCUCCACCACCCAUCUCCCUCGUCAGCAACUCGACGUGGGGAAAGAGCUCACUGAAAAAGACUCCUCCAGCCACACUGGGGCGACGUAGCAACACCGCCCCAGAACCUCCCCCUCUAUCACCCCCUCCCACCUCCCCAAAGGGCAGCUCAGGCCAGCCCAAUUUCCUGGAGGACCUCAACCGGACACUGAAGCGAAAGUCGGUCGGUCGCCAGGGUUCCGUUAACUCCGCCGGCCUCUCGGGGAAGUUGGACCCUGCGGGGACUAUGGACGACAUGGCGCUGCCCCCGCCGCCCCCCGAGCUGCUCCUGGACCAAGAGAAGCAAACCAAUGGAGGAAACGGUGGCUACAUGUCUGGAAACAUCUCAGGCUAUGCAACGCUACGACGAGGACCCCCGCCUGCACCCCCCAAACGAGGGGACACCACCAAACUUACCGGAGAGUGUUGAACUUUGACGUCAACACACAAAAAAGAAGGAUGAACAGAUGAAGAAAGAGUAUACUGAAGUAAACAUGCAUUGAACUACUCCUGACUGUGUAUAUACGAAGCCAAACCAGACCGUGGUUGAUUAGUGUUUGCUAAUUAUUGCAUUUUUUUAACAUGCUAGGCAUUCUAGAUCAGUGGGGUUUACAGUAUCAGGACGGCUCAGACUGGAGCAGGCAGGUUUGAAGUCGCAGAAAAGUGAACAUUUUUGCGAUUAUCUAAACUCUCUGGAUUACAUUGCGUCUCCCUGUGUGGUAAACCCCACACAUCUGGUCCACCUGGCAGAUGUAAACAAACACUAAAUACGAGUUGUGCAAAUAUUACCGGAUCCAGGUCUGAGCCAAAUCACGUAUCCGCUUCUUCGCCAUAAGUUCGUGCCACGUACUGGAGACAAACAAAAAAACGGAAACGCAUCGGGAUCUUUCUGCUUUGGUACUGCAUGGACCACAUGUUAACAACGAGCUGUAAAUCAUGACGCUGUUCCGGCGUGUGCGCAUGUGUGUGUACGAGAGAAACGGACCGAAUAUGCAUGCAUGCAUUGUGCGCAUGCAUGCGUGUGUGUGUGAUUCCAUGGUGGUGAAGUAGUUAACCGUGAGGCGGAGAGGGGGGUGGUUAGGUUUGCUUUUAUACCGAAAUUAUUUAAUGACUGGUAAAUGGAAGGAUUUUUCUAUAAGUGUCUUUUAACGGCUGGUCAACAAAAUGUAGAGGAACAGAGCGGCAUUAAAGGAAUGUAUACGAAAGGUGAAAAGAUUACAAAACAUACAUGUGAAGGCAGUAGGGCUAGAAUGAAUAACGAAUAUUCAGAUACACUGCAAAAACUCAAAGUCUCACCAAGUCUAUUAGUCUUAUUUUUAGUCAGAAUGUCUCAUCUCACUUGAUUUAAGGUAAAUUCACUUAACAAGAGUUCUUUCAGCAGAUGGAGGGACUUGUUUUAAGACAACGCAUCUUAAAUAUCUUAAGUCAAACAAUCUUUAAAUUAUCUUGUUGCAAGUUGAAUUUUACAAGAAAACUUGAAAGAAGUUAAACCCUCAUGUCGUCCUGCGGGUCAGAUUGACCCGUUUUAAAAUUUGAAAAUGUGGGGAAAAAAUAUAUUUUCACAGUGAAACUUCUGAUGUCCACAUUUUCAACAUUUUGGGAAAUUUUUGAACAUUUUUGGGUGGAAAAAAAUGUUAAGAAUGUUUCUUAAGAACAUCAACAAAAAAAUCAACCAAAAUCCAGCGAAAUUCGCUGGAUUUUGGUUGAUUUUUUUGUUGAUGUUCUUAAAGAAAAUAUCAGAAGUUUUACUGAUAUAUAUGUAAUCACUUUAGAUAUUUUCAGGUUUUAUUUUGGAAAAUUUUUACUAAUUUUUCGAAAAUAUUUACAAGAAUUUUCUUGCCAAAUUUGGGGGAUUUUUAAAAAAAUAAACUUUUAAGAAAUUAUUUGAAUUUUCUUCCUAAAGUUUUUGCAAAUUUUCAGAAAUUUGGGGAAUUGUUUUGCUGAUUUUUGGGAUUUUUUUUUGGUGCCAAUAAAUGAGGACAACAGGAGGGUUAGUACAUCUCAAAUUAGGUUACAUGAAAUUGAAAAUCUGUUUUUGAGUGAAAAACAUUUUUUUAUACAGCAUAUCUGGCUUAUUUUAAGGCUCGUAAGUCUGACAGUCCUGAUGAAAUGGAGCUUAAAAUACGUUUUCCCAGCUAAUUUUGAGAUCUCAAUAUUCUAAAUAUAUCUUAUUUCAAGAAAUCUUACCAUUCACUUAUUUCAAGGUAAAAGUUUCUUGAAAUCUGUUUUUUUUUCUUGUUUUGAGAGGGGCAUUUUCACCGUCUGAAUAUUCGGCUAUUCGGGUCCAGCCCUAGAAGGCAGUGAUUCAGUAACCCAGUGUACCUGUUAUAUGUGUUUUUCGACUGUUUCACAAAUCAGAAGGAAGCCUUAUUCCCAAAGUCUUGCACAGAGGUCCAAACAGAAAGGAGAUAUCUUCCACGGGCUCAGCAGAGUCUGGACUGUGCAACUGGAAAAAAUAAAGACGAUUUUCUUUUUAAUUUCAUGCAAAACUUUUAACGGACUUGUGUAAAAUGCUGAGGAGGCCUACGGUGGUGUAUCUUCGUGGACUGUGUGAGUUCCCUGUAUGCUGGCUUGAUUUUGGACCUUAUCCUUCAGUUUGUAUCUGUACAGUUGCAGCUGCUGCUUUCCGUUACCGUCUUUCUCCCGCUGCCUUUUUUCGGUCACCCCGUCCGGGACGUGCAGACUGGAUUCAGCCAAGGCGACCCCCGUUCAAAGAGAUGCAUUCGUCUGGUUAAUGUACAGAGCGUGAAUCAUGUAGUGAAGAACAGAAAUCAUCCGACUCGCAUUAAUUAGACUGAAUGUUGCUUUCGACUCCGUGUGUAUCGAAUCUCGUUUCGUCAUGGUGCCAUUGCUGCUUCGGCCCUAGAGUGUAUCAGGAAGGGCUCCAUCUCCAGCGGCAACGCCUUCAUUUUUAGGGUGCUAGCGCCGUCCUUCAAGGAACUCGUUCUCAGCAGGAUGACAUAUCAUUGAUAUCAUUUAAACUGCUUUUUAAAUUGGCUUUAGUGUGGAAAUGCGUGCUGUGUAAAUGUUUUACAGGUUGUGAGUUCCCAGGAGGAGGCCGUCAUGUCCGCAAAGUCCUCCGAGCUCGUCACGGAGACGCAAUUCCUGUGCUCUACUUUUCGUCCUACGGCCACCUGGAGGCGCCGUACCUUUUCUUAUGGCUGAAUGUCAUUGUCCUGACCGGGAUGUUUGCUAACAGUACAGUAUGUAAGUUAUUGAUGUGCUGACGUGAACAUGUGGGGCCAAAUGAAGUGAAGAAAAAUGGUUACAGAUAGAGUAAAUGUGUCCUCUUUCAUAUAAACUGAAAAUCACAAUAUAAAUGUUCAAACCAGA